GGCAUAGGUUCUGGUACUUCUGCAUGACAGGUACAUGUACAUGUACUUGACUGACAGGUACUUGAAAUAGCUGUCAAAAGCCCAGAAAGUCGUUAUUCAAGCAGUGAAUAUGACCUCGGGGCACUAAAAGCAUGUCGCUAUACGCGAAUUGUCGUUAUUCAGAUAGUCGUUAUAUCCGAAGUAAAAUGUAUACAGUUAGAUGGGACUUUGCUCUGGGCAUGGAAAUUCGGUCGUUAUUCGCGAAUUGUCGUUAUAUCCGCAGUCGUUAUUAGCGAAGUUGACUGUAUCUUCUAAUGUGUGCGUUCAUGUGGAUGUCAGUGGAUGCAACCUUCCUCUACCGGAGCAUUGUGAUUGUGUUUGACCAGUCAGGAUUGAGAGAAAAGCAGCUACUCCGUGCAUCUAUAUUUGUCGUACCAUUCGUUAUUGUUUGUGCGGCUGUGGGUGCAACAAACGCUACUGCAUACGGCGGGGAUGACAUAUGCUGGAUAACCGUUUCCGGAGCAUUUUACGGCAGUGUUGUAGCACCAAUGGGAAUGUCACUUCUAUACAACACCUGUAUCCUCGCUGCAGUUGGCUUCUCGUUACACAACCGGGAAAAGAAAUUGGGCGCAGCGAAGAGUGGCAAGUCCAAGGAGGUAUCAAUUCUUGCCAUAGUCGUCUGCUUGUCUGUUCUCCUGGGCUUGACGUGGAUGUUCGGAUUCUUUGUUCUCGUUUGGGAUGAGAUAACUCUCCAGUAUAUCUUCACCAUACUGAGCUCACUUCAGGGAUUUGGUAUCUUUGUCCAUGUAGUCAGGGGAACGGAAACCAAGAAAGGAUGGACAGAGAAGUGGACUUCAAGCAGCACGCGCACGACACGUACAAGCACCGGGUCAACGGGAUUCGGCAGUAAUUUUUUCUCGCUGAAGCGGUUCACCAUGGAUGAUUUGGGCAAGCUGAGCACACUGCCGCACCGAGCUAAGACAGCCAAGUCGAGUGAUGUCAACACCCUGCCAGCACAGAACGAGUCUUUGGAAAUGGACAACAUGGCUAUCGAAACUAGCCUUGACACCGACACCCUGUGGGCCUCAUCACCAGCCAGUGUUCCCACUUGGAGGUCCCAUACCCCAUACUCUGAUGCCACACAACCGGCGGUUUGGACUGAGAAGCAUUCCAACAGCAUGAUGCAGGAGAGUCGACUUGCUGAAGAAAAUGAUGCUGAAAUGACAGAGGUUUGCCAUGUAGGCGAUGGUAUAGGGCCAAGAAAGUGACACAUUUGGCCCAGAACCCCGAGAAGCCAUCUUCCUUUUGGCGGCAGCGGUUGUCCAAAAACAAAGGACUGAAGCUGAUGUCCAAGCCAAGAAACGGAUUAGGAAAAGAUGAAAUUAAUUAUCCUAGUUGCCUGAUGAUCGUAGUGAUACGUGAAACUCAGAGUUUCGGCACAGCUUCCAAUCUCUCUUUUGUCUCUCUUGUGUGAAAAUAAUUAUCUCAAUUGUAAUUAUGCAAUGAACCACAUGUACAUGUAUGUACCUUUGGUCUGUGAAAUUUAUCUAAAUCUUGCAGUUUCACUUCUAUUUCAAUUCGUUUGCAGCAGCACCCAUUGUUUGCAGCAGCACCCAUUACCUAAUUUCCCUUAUCACGUGGCACAUGAUUGUUACCCAUACUCGGCGAAUCAGCACUUUUCCCCCGCCGCGGGCAAUAAUAUGUGAUAUUGCCUGCAAAAAGAUUUACUUGCCCGCAAAAAAUAGUUUAUUUCAGUGAUCACGUGUCUACGACUCUGCACGACUUGCAGUGCUAGUGUAGCAUCGAGACGAAGAUGAAAUUUUUUUCGGAGAUGUACAUGUACUUGUACAAUGUACGUCCCCGCACUGAACUUGGCCUCCGACUUCUGCCAUGGGGUGUUUGCAGGGAUCAUUUG